GAAAACUUCGAUAGAGGCGGCAAAAUGAAAUCAUAGAUACUAUCGAGAUAGCCCCAUCGAUAGUUUUCCAUAGUUACCAACAACAAGAAAACCCAAAGCAGCAAGAAGCAAAAUACGAAUCUGCGUCGGCAGAGGUGCAGAAAAUCCAAGGCAUAGAAAAUCUAGAUUUUAUUUAAUUUUUAGCUUUUGGUUGCGAAGUGGCGCGUUUGUUUACAAAGAAAAUUAUUACUGGGAGAUAUAUGCACGUAUGCAUAUCGGGCCCAGCUGUUGUAACCAUUGAUAACGAAAAGAACGAGAGAAUUUUAAGAAAUGACUGCGAUAAGCACUAGCAGUCCGUACAUAAGCCCAUGGGCAUGCUGAUCGCUCCUGAAUGGGUGUUGCGAAGUUAGCUUGCGCAAUCAUAAACAAAAGACAUUAUUCGACAUGUAAAAUUUUACUAACAGCUAAACACCUACAUACAUAAGUAUUUAUUAAUCAACUGAAUUGAAGCCCAAAACGGCUUACAGUAAUACAAAAAAAAAUGGAAUUUCUCCAACGCUUAUUAUGCACCGCUCUGAGUGUUGUCUCCAUUUUCUAUUUUAUCGUCAAGACAAGCCUAUCGCACUGGAAACGGCGUGGCAUUUUACAUGAGAAGCCGAAAUUCUUGGUGGGCAAUUUAAGAGGUGUUGGAACCAAACGUCACAUCAGCGCUGUGCUCGAGCAAAUAUACGAAAAGUACAAAGGACAAGCCCCCUUCAUAGGCUGUUAUGCAUACUUAAAACCAAUGGUUCUAGUAUUAGAUUUGGAGUUGGUGCGGAAUGUACUUGUAACACAUUCUGACAACUUCAGGGAGCGUGGCGUAUUCGGCAAUGCCCCGCAUGAUCCGCUUUCUGCAAAUUUAUUGCAACAAGAUGGAGCGGCGUGGCACCGCUUAAGCAUCGCUGUAUGUCCAACAUUUGAAGAGGAGCGUAUAUCUCAGAUGCUACCCACUUUGGAAAGGGUUGCGGCUACCAUGCAUCGCUCUUUGACACAAUCGCAGCCACCUAAUGCAGUACCAAUAGAUAAACUAGUGGACUGCUACAAUAUCGACGUAAUUUCAACAUUGGCUUUCGGUAUAAGUGGCGAAACACUACUAAACACCGAUACAGAAUUCCGCCACAUGGCGCGAAGUUACCUCAAAGACUUCAAUAUGUUUCGAUUAUAUUUCCUUAUGUACUUUCCAAAUUUAGCACGUUUGUUGCGCUACAAGAACUAUGAACAAGCUGCCACCGACUACUUUCUCAAGCUGGUGCGGCAGAAGCUAUUUGAGCAAGAGUGGAGUCGCAUAGAUAACCGAAAUAGUUUUUUUCAAAUGUUCGCUGAACUAAAACGACAUCGAGAUCCGGAAAGGCGUUUGAGUGACGAAGAAAUAGCAGCACAGGCUUUUUCAUUUAUUUUGAUGGGCCUGGAGACAUGCAACUCAGCGAUGACAUUCUGUUUGUACGAAUUGGCGCUUCAGCCGGAUUUACAGCGUCUGGUACGUGAAGAGAUACGCGGUGUAUGCAGGCAAAAUGAAAAUGGCAUGGACAACGCGAAAUUGAAGCAGAUGCGUCUGCUGAAACAAUGCCUAGACGAAACCCUGCGCAAACAUACGCCCUAUGCCUUUUUGUUGCGGAAUACCAACGAAGAUUACGAAGUUCCAAACUCCGUUUUCAUGCUAUGCACAGACAAUCAUCUGGUUAUUCCUGUAGCGGCGAUACACCGUGAUCCUGAACUUUAUCCCGAGCCAAACAAGUUCGAUCCAGAACGUUUUAAUAAGGAAAAUGUGAAGAGACGUCAUCCGAUGGCUUUUCUGCCAUUCGGAGUCGGUAGGAGAUACUGCCUGGCGCAAAAAUUCGCCGAAAUGCAAAUGCUCGUUGGGCUCGCCUCAUUGUUGCGUGACUUCAGUUUCAGUCCAUGUCCAGAAACUCCGAUUCCACUAGUUUACGACAACACACGCUUGGUACUUGCUCCAAAGGGACAACUCAAGUUGGCGGUUCGACAUGUGUAGAUGUCUACCACAAGUGCGACUUAAAUAAA